AUGAAUGAUAUGCAAAUUGAUAGAUUAUGGACAUUACUAAAUCUACACACACAGGAAUUGAAUAAGUCUUUUGCACAACAUGCCUUCUCUAGUAACGGGAAGAAAGGGCUCUCUCUCUCUAUUGACCAAAAUAUUUCUUUAGCUGAGUGCUCUGACACAAUAUUAAUUUUGAUUUACGCCUUAGGGAUUUCGCACUUAUUGAUUUAA